AGAAUGCAGCCACACUGUCCAGUUCUAUAUAUACAGUCUAUGUUCAUUACAGUCAGCAGAUCGGACACGGACAGUAGGUUCCAAGUAACUGUAUUUCCCACUAUUUUCUAUUUCAAGUUGUAGUAGCAGUUAAGUAUAACCAUGAGCACUCCAAGGCGAUCGCCAAAUGAGAUUGCAAAUGCUUGGCGAAGGAGUUCGCGACAACUCUCGGAUGAGGAGGAACAUGCUAGUAUCAAUACGAGCCUUCGUGACGUUUUGAGGGCAAUGGGUGACAUCAGAAGUUCGAUUGAUGAUUUGAGAGGUGACCUAAAACAACUCCAGGACACUGUGACUGGAAUGGGACAGCAGCCCUCCUCCAGCACCAACAACAAAGUGCCACAUGAACUCUCGGCACGAGUGAGGCGUAUACACCGUGGGCUGGGAGAAGAGCUGCAGUGGCGAGUGGGACCUAAUGACAUUUUCAGAUCGUCUCAUAAUGAGGAGGUAACGAAAGCAAUCAUCCAAGCCAUUAAAGAUUCUGGGGAGACUUGGGGACCAGAGAACUUGCUGAGAAAAGCCUGCAACAAAUUUUUUGAAAAUCUGAAAACUCAAAUGAGAUUGGAACUCUCCGGGAGGGUGGAUGAAAUUAAAAACAAAAAAAAACUUGUUAGCAGACGUGACCGGCUUUUCAAACGACGACUUCAGGUGGGAGGUCAGGUCCUGGAAGGAGAAGACCUCCUUUACCUUCAAAGAGCAGACGCUGCCUUUAUGUCGGAUGAGGAGAGUGGGGAGGAGGACAAGGGGACAUUCGUGGUCCUCCCUCCUAAAUGGAGAACUACAAGGCUAACAAGAAUUCUACACCAAUGCCAAAAACAGUUGGAAACAAAUGGGAGGCUCGGCCGGAAGCCAGGGUGUCUGAGGCAGCGGGUCCAAGAAAGGGGGCGUGUGUCAUCCCGUGACCCCCCUACAGGCGGGAAUGCCAUGUAUAUUGAUUUGAGCAACUGAUACAAGAAAUAAAGAUCAUGUAACAAA